CUUGGUAAAUAUGUUAAAGGAAGGCUUUGUAAAAUAUAUACUUAUUGUUUAUCCUUUUGGACUUUCAUUCAAAAUAUUCACAAAAACAAUUCCAAACACAUCACAAGUUAUUUUAUUUUUCACAAAUUAUUGGCAUCCUUGUAUUCAAUACUUUGUGCAACCUCCCUUUGCCAAGAUAACAGCUCUGAGUCUUCUCCUAUAAUGCUUAAUGAGGUUGGAGAACACAUGGCAAGUGAUCUGAGACCAUUCCUCCAUACAGAAUCUCUCCAGAUCCUUCAAAUUCAGAGGUUCACAUUGGUGGUCUCUCCUCUUCAGUUCACCCCACAGGUUUUCUAUGGGGUUCAGGCCAGGGGACUAGGAUGGCCAUGGGCAGAACCUUGAUUUUGUGGUCAGUAAACUAUUUUUGUGUUGAUUUUUAUGUGUGUUUUGGAUCAUUGUCCUGCUGGAAGAUCCAACCACAGCCCAUUUUAAGCUUUCUGGCAGAGGCAAUCAGGUUUUAAUUUUUAUCGGUUGGUAUUUGAUAGAGUCCAUGAUGCCAUGUAUCCGAACAAGAUGUCUAGGGCCUUUGGCACAAAAACAGCCCCACAACAUUAAAGAUCCACCACCAUAUUUAACCGUGGGCAUGAGGUACUUUUCCAUAUUUUUUCUGCCAAAAAACUCUGUUUUUGUUUUAUCUGACCAUAGAACCCGGUCCCAUUUGAAUUUCUAGUAGUGUCUGGCAAACUGAAGAUGCUUGAGUUUGUUGUUGGAUGAGAGCAGAGGCUUUUUCUCUUGAAACCCUCCCAAACAAUUUGUGGUGAUGUAGGUGACGUCUGAUUGUACUUUUGGAGACUUUCUGACCCCAAGACACUACUAAUUCAUGCAGUUCUCCUGCUGUGAUCCUUGAAGAAUUUUUGGCCUUUCAAACCAUCCUCCUCACUGUGCAUGCAGACAGUAUAGACACAUGUCCUCUUUCAGGCCGAUUCGUAACAUCUCCAGUUGAUUGGCACUUCUUAAUUAUUUCCAUGAUGGUGGAAAUGGAUAUUUUCAAUGCUUUAGCUAUUUUCUUAUAGUCACGUCCCAUUUUGUGAAGCUCAACUACCUUUUGCUGCACAUAAUAACUUUAUUCUUUGGUCUUACCCAUUGUGAUGGAUGACUAAGAUAAUUUGGCCUGUGUGUUACCUCAUAUUUAUAUCCAUAUGAAACAGGAAGUCAUGGCUAAACAAUUUCAUGUUCCUUGUCAUCCAGGUGUACUAAAGUUUUUUAAAUAUAAAUGGGAAUAUUCUACAGAUAUAUUUUACUCAUAAGAAUUUCUAGGGGUGCCAAUAAUUGUGGCAAACGUGUUUUAGAGAAAAACAUUUAUUUACUUAUGAGUUUUUUCCCAACUUUCAAUUACUUUACUUCAAUUAAAGGUUCAAUUUUUGUGAAUAUUUUGAAUGAAUGAUCAAAAGGAUAAACAACAAAGACUUAUUUUCACAGCCUUCUUGGCUCAUAUUUACCAAGGGUGCCAAUAUUUUUGGCCAAUACUGUAAAUGUGUUGUGAAUGCUGUUUCAUGUUGUCUUCAAAGAGAUAGUUCAUCCAAAAACUAGAAUUCUGAUAUCAUUUACUUACCAUCAUGUUGUUCCAAACCCAUUUUACUUACUUCUGUGGAACACAGAAGGUAAUAUUCUGAAGAAUGUUCUGGCCACUCUUUUCCAUGAACUCUUGACCAUGCCAAAGAGAGCUUGACUUUUUGUCUGUUCCACGCACAGACCUAUAUGGCUUCAGAAGACUUGGGAUAUAGCACACAAGUCAAAUUGAUAACUUUUAUGACACUUAAAAGUGCUUUUUUGUGUCAUUUUAGAGCUAGACAGCUCCAGUCCUCAUUCACUUUCAUUAUAUGAAAAAGAGUCACUAGGUAAUCUUCUAAAAUUGUUUUCCACAAAAGUAAGCAAGUCAUACAGGUCUGAAACUACGUGAUGGUGAGUACUGUAAAUAAUGACAGAAUAUCCAUUUUAGGUGAACAAUCCCUUUAACACUCAAACAACUAUGAUAAGCUGUACUGUAGGACAACAGCAGUCUCAGAAAGUCAAACCCAUCCUACAAAGCACCUGCUGGAGGAAGAGCAGGCAGAGAUUUCCGCUGAUCUGAGCCAGGCCUUCACGCUGGGCCUGAGAUAGAAGGAGACCCAAAUCCUGAUUUACACCCUGCCUACUCAGCACAAACAGAACAUCCAUGCUGAGAAAAUGCCGGCAGGUGUUUUAAUACUCACUGUAAUUGUAAUCAAACCUCAGAGACACUGAUGUUUUCUAAGGAGACAGCUGGGAUUGUCUUACUGCCUGCUUCCAGAUCUUCCUGCUUUGACUGGCUGACACUAAUGACUGAAGUAUUCAUCUGCAUGAUGUAAUGCUGUAAAGCCCUGCUCUCUAAUGCAUUUUGAGAGUGUCUGGUUUGGGGCAAGGGUUAGGCUUGGAAUUUAGUUGAACCGUAAGCCAUCGUUUGUUAUUUUUACUCUGAGCUUGUCGUGUGCUGAGGACAACAAACAGAAUAUUAUAAUGCAAGCAAGUGAUAAAUUUGAGAGCAUUUGGAAGCCAUGUAAUGAAUGCUGAGAUUGAUUGACACAGCAUGAGGCUUCAAUUAGGGUUAAAGCAUUGUUUGAAAACCGUACAGUCCUCAGUCAUAAUGUAAUGAUGUGAUUACAUAUACUCAUGGGGCAUGCACUAAUUUGUGUGUGUGUGUGUGUGUGUGUGGUCUUGUUUAGCUAUCCAUGUGGGGACUAAAUGUUCCCUCAAAGAUAGUAAAACCUGAAAAACCUACAUUGUGAUUCCCACAAGGAAAAGAGCUGAGUGUUGAAUGGAGUUAUGAUACCUACAAUAGAAAGGUACAGGUUUAGGGUUUAGGUAGGGAGUUACACUUUAUGGUUAUGUUUAGGUCAGGGGUUAAAUUUAUUAUGAUUUUUUUUAAAUAUCAUUCAUUGGUUUUGUGUUUUUCUUAGGGAUGCACAGAUAUGAAAAUUUUUGGCCAAUUCCGAUUUUACCCAAAAAACGUAGGCCGAUACUGAUAUUUUGCCACUUACCUUAUUUUGUCAUCAGAUCACUGUUUUACUGUGGAAUUAUGCUUUAAAAUUUUACGAAGAUGUACAAAAGCUUUUUAACUGUUCUAACAAUAUUAAUUUUCAUUGAACCUGGAUUGGAUCUGUUGAACACAUGACAGGCCAAAACUUUUAAGAAAGUAAAAUAGAAGAUAAAAAGAAAACAAUUACUAAAUAUAACAUGAUCAUUGAUACGAAAAAAGGUUAUUUUGUACUUCCAAAACAUUUUUGCACUUCUGUUUUUGCAGUACAAAACUGUAUGUGAUAGAGCAUUACAAAUUCAUACUAUGCAUUGGGCAAUUCCAUGGAAAUGUCAACCAUAUCAUGGAAAAUUAAAAGAUUAAACCAAAGAAACAAACCCCCCUUUUAAAUUCUGUAUUAUAAUGGUACAAUGGAUAAUGCCAUUCAGAUCGCUAGAGGGUGCCGCUUGCUCACACAGUGCUGACUAAAGCGCUGAAUGCAGUCUGUAUUUUAAAAUGCAGCCUUUUAAUGUUUCAUAGUCGCGUAAGGCCAUAUUGCGAUUUCAAUCUUAAUGGAUAUCAUACCGCUGUCUCAGAAGUCGAAGUCUGCUGGUUUCAAAGCAUUUUGAAUGGUUCUCUCUCAUCUCGUAGCCUAUUGGUAAGUGCAGUUUUCAUCACAUCCAUUUAUGGUGGUUUUUCCACAUUAAUGUAAGAUCGAGAAAGAAUAAAAAAAAUAAAUAUGACAUGUUCUUAUGAGUGCCAAACUUUCUACAGUUUUUACAAAGUGUGUUACUAAUCAUUUUAAUUUUUUCAUAUUGCCGUUUUCAUGCUUAUAACCGAUACGUCGAUGGUUUUAAUUUGGUCAAUAAUUGGCAGAUAAAUAUUGGCAGCCAAUACUUUGGGGCAUCCCUGUGAGUAAAAGAAAAAAAAAGGUUUUUUUUUACAAGCCAUCUUGAACUAAUAUUACAACUUUUAAUGAGAGCACGUUGAAAGGAGACAGAUUCAUACAAUAUUUGAUAUUUGUGUCAUAUUUGUAGUCAUACAAGUUUUUAUUUACUAGUAAUUAGAUUACUGGCAAGAGUAAUUACUAAUUAUAUGAAUAAUUAAGUACACUUUUAAAGUGAUAAGAAUUGCAAAUAUUUGUCCUGGUUUGAUGAGAUGUAAAGAGUGGAGAAAGAAGGUCAUGGUGGACUCCAACAGUUUUCAUUGACACAGAUAAAUCAAACAGCCAGUGCACUGUCCUUUAUGACCUUUCCUCCACACACAUACCCAAACAUAUACAGGAUAUACUAUAUAGGACCCAUGCUGAAAUACACAUUUAAAGAAUAUUAACCAUAAUAAAGUCAUGUAUAUACUUGCAUUGUGCAUGUCUGCAUGUACUGUUGUGUGCAUAUUUGCAUUACUGUUGUGUGCAUAUUUGCAUACUGUAUGUGCGUGUGUGUGUGUGUGUGUAUUUGCCCCUUUAGGCAAGUCCAUCUGCCUCCCUCAGGUCAGGCUUAGUAAAGCCUCAAUUCAGUCUCUAUCUCUCUCUCUCUAGCACACACUCUCCCAUUACUGCCAGAGUGACUAGAGAGCCAGCUUGUGCUUAGGCAACUUGACUUGGCAGUGUAAGCGAACCAUGGGGGGCCAAUCACUUUAACACAGAGCUAUGAUCUGUUGUUUCAAGGUUAUCCAAAUGCACCAGAUCCCUUUACAUCAUCCAGAUUUGCCUGGGACAACAACAAUACAUUAUCCAGUGCAUGUUGCGUCCCUUUGGGGAGGCACCGUAUCUUUUGAUUAUGACAUUGAAUGUCUGGCCGCUAUGAUCAGCAUGCAUUUCUCCUCUGAUGUGACUCUGAAUCAACUGCUUGUUUGCUUUUCUGUUCUCCUUUCCUUCUUGUUUCCAUCCCUCUUUCAUCUGUGCUGUGCUCCCCCCCUCCAGCCUCCAGCCAAAUACCUCCUGCCUGAGGUCACCAUUAAUGACUACGGCAAGAACUGUGUGGUGAUCGACCUGGAUGAGACCCUUGUGCACAGCUCCUUCAAGCCCAUCAGCAACGCAGACUUUAUAGUCCCUGUGGAGAUUGAUGGAACAGUUCAUCAGGUCUACGUGCUGAAGAGGCCCCAUGUGGAUGAGUUUCUGCAGAAAAUGGGCGAACUGUUUGAAUGUGUUCUUUUUACAGCCAGCUUAGCAAAGUAUGCUGAUCCUGUAGCAGACCUGUUGGACCAGUGGGGUGUGUUCAGGGCACGGCUCUUCAGGGAAUCCUGUGUGUUUCACCGGGGGAACUACGUCAAAGACCUCAGCCGACUGGGCAGAGAGCUCAACCAAGUCAUCAUAGUAGACAACUCACCUGCCUCCUAUAUCUUCCAUCCAGAAAAUGCUGUGCCGGUGCAGUCGUGGUUUGAUGACAUGACUGACACUGAGCUGCUGGAUUUACUGCCACUAUUUGAAGACCUGAGCAGAGAGAAGGACAUUUACAGUGUGUUACAGAGCCUGAAGGCCAGGUAGCACACGGGUCCAGUACUGCCUUGCUUAACUUUACCACACAUACAUAAACAAAACCCGACACCCAUUUCAGGACAAAUCACCAUACAUCUCUGGCCUCUAGAGGACACCACUCACCCAGCAAAGGAGCAAAUAGCCGCUACUCCAUCCAUCACACUCUGUGGACAAACCCAUGUUAUGUCCACCCUCAAUGGUCCUCAGCAGUUAUGUAUACUCAGUUUCAAAUUUUGAUGCAGAAUGGAGAAAACAAGCAAACAACAAGUCAUUUUAUAACACAAGAGUUUACUAUCUUUGAGUUCUAUAUAUUUACCAGGAAAAAAACAAGACAAACUAUUUUUCUGGACGGGUGAAAAGACACUUUUAAACUCUUCUGUUCAGACUAUGCAGGCAGUCUUUUCCGCAUCAACAGUAACUCUAACAACUGUGAUUUUUUUCCUCUUUCUCUUAUCAAAUAAAGUGCCUUCUUCUGACUGUU